AGAAAUCCAUGGCUCGUUUUCCUAUUGAAUCAUGCAAAAUCUAUAUACACAUCCAGACAUGAUAUCGUCUGCAAAUGAACCUUGAAAUGCCGGUACUCAACCUUCUCGACACAGCGCCGCUGACGCUCUUUUCUCUGCAAGACAUCACCCACAUAAUUAGCCGCCUCAGCCUUGCCCUCGGGUUGUCGCCCAAAACAUCCAUGCUAAGCUCCACUCUUAGCUUUUGGCUAAUGCUUGAUUUGCCGUAUUAUCAUAUAAUACACUGACGCCGACAUAGACCAGCUUUAUCCUGCUGGCACCAUCGCAUCCCUUCCAUGGAGAUCUGUAGUCGCCUCUCUUGACUAUCUUUGGUUCCCUCAUUCAAAACGCCAUGUCAGUCUUUGACAAUCCAGAUCCUUUUGGCGGAAGCAGAGAUUCUCAGGCCCACCAACACGAUAUCUCAAAUGUCAUACCUACCGAGCAUAGCCGACCAACGCCGGCGUCAGAGGACAGAAUGUCCAGCCGUACCUCAAAUGACAGUAGAUUUCUCAUGGCUAGAACUACGAGCGACCGAGAGUAUCAAGAUGACGUUGAGCAUAACAGUAGCAAUGUGAUGGACAAGCUCAAAACUGCCGCCGGUGACUUCCAGGCCGGUGUCGUUGACACGGUCCGGUCCGCAAGGCACAGAUUCCACUUGGAUGGCGUUCAUGCUACUGGCGUCAGCAGAUUCCUCAACCCUACAAAUGUUCGCAUGCGCGUCCGCUUUCACGACUCACAGCACGGUUCGAGAGAAGAGGAGCUCAUGUGGCGCGCUCGAGACAAUCGCAAAGGUCGCAAUUCCAUUGCUGUCCCAAGACUAUCAACUGACCACAGCACUGAUGCCUCAUUCAUCCCGAUGCAAUACACACCCAGGAUGACGCAGAAUAUCAGAGGCAUUGGCAAGAUCUUCUAUAAGAUGUUCUUCACCUUCCCAUAUUGGGAUAUGGCUUACUGGAGUGGCAUGACCUAUUCAAUAGGGUCUGCUCUAUUCGUUGUUGAUGGCGUGUUGGCUUGGGGCGCCGUCGCAUAUGGUGAAGAGUUCGUCUCACGCUCCGCUGAGACCUAUGGAGGUCCCUUAUCGUUCUUCAUUGGGGCUCUAUUUUACCAGGUCGGAGCCGUGGCUGCCUAUCUCGAGGCCGUCAAUGAUGGCUCGUUUCACGGUGCAGCGAUGCGUCGCCUUCUCGAAGGACAUGAGGACGACGACAAGAAAAUGUUUGACGAGAAGGUCCGUCACUUCUUCAGUCAUUUGAAUCCAGCACACCGUCAUAGUGAGGAAAAGUAUACGUAUCAACUAGAUCCCGAAGCUGGAUGGCGAGCCAAGGAGGCACCACGCCAACUUCGUCCUGCUCCGAACUAUCCUCCUGGUAAAGAGCCAGCUCAUCGUCGUGGUGGAGUGGAUCACGGCGGCGAACAAGGUCAAGAGAGCAUCUACAUGUCUUGGAGAUGGUGGCCGACGUGGAGAGCCGUUCGAACGCAUCAUAUCUACUCUAUCGGUUGGUUGGCCACUACCAUCCAACUGUUUGGUGUGACCAUGUACGGUGUGACUGCCAUUGUCAUCCUUCCCGGCAUUCUUGACAGCCUGGCUUGGUGGCAAACACUUGGUGCUUUUUGGGUUCCUCAACUCAUUGCAGCCUCAUGCUUUUUAAUCGCUAGUCUAAUGUUUAUGCUCGAGACACAAACUGCGUGGUGGAGACCGGAACCCAAGGUUCUUGGAUGGUGGGUCGGUUUCUGGGCCACCGUUGGCUCCGUCGGAUUCGAGCUUAUUGCUGUAUUCGGCAUCGUCGGUCAUAAGCAGUCGUGGGGAAAAUAUCAGAGUGAUUUGGCGACCAUCUGGGGAUCGGCUGCAUACUUCAUUUGCAGUUUCUUGCAGUGGUACGAAGCCAUGGACAAGAACCCUAUCGAAGAGCUGUUCAACGAUCCUGGCGAGAUAGAAUCUUCACAGAUCUUCAUCUAGACUGGUGCUCAUGUUUUAUGGUCCUGAGCUUGACAUCACCCUUUUCCACGUACUGGCCACCGUCUGCAGCACCACCUGUUGAAUCCCAUUGAACCCAGAACGGACUUGAAGUCGUCAUCGGCAGGUAGGUUGCUUCAGUAGGCACACCCAUGA